AUGGAGAAUGGAAAGAUUUCAGCCGGUACCGGGUUGCAUCAAGAAUCUAACAUAACAAGACCAGGAGAUACUCAUUGGGGCUCACACCUCAAAACCUUGCUUCGUAUAUUCACAAUGUGGAAUGUUGUGGUGGAUGUGCUAGGAAUUGUUGUGGCUGAUGCUCGGGAACACACAUGCCAAGGUGGAGCUAGAGGUUUGCUUAAAAACAUGGAAUGCUUUGAAUUUGUGUUAAUCAUGUUCUUCUUAAUAAACUUGUUGAGCAACACAAAUCAACUAUCCCAAGCUUUGCAAAGGAAGAAUCAAAAUAUUGUUGAGGCCAUGCGUUUGAUCUUGGAUGUGAAAGAAAGCUUGCAGGACAUGAGGGACAAUGGUUGGGAGCCUUUAUUUUGCCAAGCCAAGAACUUUUGUGAAACACAUGAUAUUGAUGUGCCAAACAUGGAUGAUCUUGUUGGAACAAUGGGCCAAUCUGUUCGCACUAAGAAUAAGGCGACUCGGCUUCACUAUUACAAGGUUAGCAUAUUCAAUGUUGCCAUUGAUGCAACUAUCACCGAGAUGAAUCACCGAUUCAAUGAAGUUUCCACCGAGUUAUUGGAUUGCAUGUCUUGUCUUAAUCCAGCAAACAACUUUGCAAAGUUUGACGUUGACAAACUUAUUCGUCUUGCUGAAAUUUAUGAUGAGGACUUCACAGAAGCUGACCGGUUGUUGCUAAGAGUACACCUCCCCAGAUUCCUUAUGAACAUUAGGAGAAGUGAUGAAUUUAAUGGAUGCCGGGAUAUGUCCACACUUGCUCGUUUGAUGGUUGAAACAAUGAAACACACAACUUUCCAUUUGGUAUAUCGCCUCAUUGAGUUGACACUCAUUCUUCCUGUAGCAACUUCAUCAGUUGAGCGAAUAUUUUCAGCAAUGAAGAUCAUCAAGACAGAUUUGCACAACAAACUAUCAGAUGAUUGGCGAAAUGAUUUAAUGUUGUGCUAUUGUGAGAAAGAGAUAUUCAGAAGCAUUCACGAUGACAAAAUCAUGAUACAAUUUUAG